GUAAAUGAUUGAUGAGAUUAGAGUAAAUGACUGAUAUGAAGAUGAAUGCUGGAGGAACAGAGAAGAAGGCUCGAGCAUCAUAAGCCCCCUCGCCUUUAUUUCGAUGGAAGAACCGAGAAGACUCGAAGAACAGCAUAAGCAUCUACGCCUCCAAAAUCCCAUGUAUUAGUGCUUUUUAAUGCUUUUUAGAUCGAUCAUUAUACAUAGUAGAACUAGUGCAGCAGGGGUGAGUAACGGUAAACUAAACGACCUACAGGCUAGCGCUAGCCCGCUCGUCAUCAUUAUUUAUUCGAUGAAGCUGAUUGCAUCCGAGGGACUAGCUUCUGCUUCAAGAAUCUACUGAAUAAUGUCUGAAGAAAAAUGGGAUGAGUAUUCAAUCAGAGCCAAGAGCAUGCUUCACGUAUACAAUGGUCUGUUGCUAUUCUUGAGUACUAUGCCUCUGUCCUUUAUUGCUGGGCCUGUAUGCUCGUCCUCAUCCGUGUGACGAGAGUAUUGUUAGAGCAAUGUCCAGGAUAUUCUUUGUAAUUACUUAGUCUUGAUGUCUUCGUUGUAUUACUUUUAUUUAGGACCACGCACUACGUGAGUAGACCACUUGUUCUCAAGUUGUCAUGGCGUCUUCUGCCCUCAGGUUCGUCUGUCGAAAUAUAGCCUCUGUCUCGAGUUGGACUUGAUGUUGACCUUGUCUCUGUCUUUCACGUCUUUGACUGUGUCUGUCUUAUAGCGAGAGGACGAAGAGCUUUAACUUGUUGAGCGCCAUAGUAUGAUAUCGCCGCUAUUUGGAAUAUGAGCUUUACCUUGUCCUCAAGCGCUAUAAUACAGCUUAUCCUUAUAAAUAUCACUCCUAUAAUUUCGAUUGUAUACACAAAAAAGAGUGCUGUGGCGAGAUCCUGGACGAGGGCAGACAACAAGAUGAGAGCAACGCACUCUGUUGGCCAGAAUGGUAAUGAGCUGAUCAACAGCGUGAAACUGCUCAAGGAUCUCAAUCACGAGGCGCACCGAGAUCAGGGGCCACAAGGUUCCCAGGAUCAAGAUCACGCCAAUCGAAAGGCCAACAGGUUCAGACCAUAGGGGUCACCAUAAGGAUGGCCACUAUGGGAGUGGAAUACUACCGGGAUCGAGGUCACCAAACUGAAUAGACUUGCCUAGCGAAGGGGAUACGGUUCCCGACUUGACUCCCCUGAGGGAGGGGCUAAGUUCCUAGGGUUUUCAGUAUUGUCACACACUCACAAACGCAACCCAAUAGCACGAGCAGGAGCUUGCCCGAAAGGCUUUUCACUCAAAAAUCGAAGUUCUUGCUGCCAAGUCUCUUCCUCUUCUUGAUAACUCCCUCCUAUUGGUAUUACUAGAAUCAGUUGAGUCUUCAAGUCAAGCAUCAGCCUUAACCUCAAACGAUACAACAUCGCGCGUUUUUCAUUUGUCAGAGAACAUUAUAUUGUCUUAUCCUUAGAAUUGACUCGAUAAAACUAAAAGCAGUGUCAGGCGGAGUUCUUUAUGCUUGUUAAAGUAAGCAACUAAUACUUCCAAGGCAUCUAAACAGAUCUGGAGGAAGGAUUUUUCAACCCGAAGCUCUCUGUUUUGAAAACAGCCAUAUACUUACUUAGAUAUACAAGGACAACAUCAGAAAAAAUGAGUGUGGAGGCAGCGCCGCUUUUAGGAGCAAGUCGCGGCCGCGACGCAGAGGCUGCAGACGCGGACCAGGAGAAUCAUGGGAGACAGGGUGAUGGAGGAUGGUGGGCAGGGCGCCGCCCCUUGGUGGUCAUUGGAAUUUCUGCUGCCGCUGUAGUUCUGAUUGUCGGCGGUCUUAUUGCGUUUAUUCUUGUGAAGAAUAAGGACUCCUACGCCACGGCCACAGACGCACAGAAUUAAGGCUUCCCUUAAUCCAUCUCUUAAGUAUAUAGGAAUGACCCCUCAAACGUAAGUAUGCGACCCAGAAAUACGAGACGCAUAUGCUUGAGGGAAUUCAACAGGGGUGAACUGGGGGAAGGUCUAACAGAAGCGGCGCAAGAUGCAGCCAGAUCCUUCGAUAAAGGGAGAUCACAACAAGAGGUACGUGACGGAAGGAGCGUUGCUGUGGCCAUUGGAGUUGGACAGGGGCAGCGAGUAUCGUGCAGGGUUUGGCAUUCGCUUGGACGUUGGAAAAGGAGUACCGGAGGCGCAGGGCCUCCUCGUAAACAUUGAUACUGGUGGCGCCUCGACGACUUACUUUUCGACAAAGGGGAAUGCAUUUGCAAAAUCCUCCACGUUGCUAGAAAAGGACCUCGGUCCCUACACGAAGAAGUACAUUGGUGGGCAAGCGUCGGGGACCCUGAUUCGUGAAUCUUAUGUCGCAAUCCAUGACCCCACUGCCCAGCAACUUCUGUUAAAAACGAAAGAGGAAAAGGCGAUGACGCUGCUGCACGUUCCACGUGGUAACGCUGUCGCACCACACGGCUUGACGAUGCCCAUGGAAGGUAACAUGGGGCUGAGUUUUGGCUAUUCCGGGCACCCCAAUUUGUAUUUGCGGCAUCACAACCCAUGGUUUGAUGCAUUCAAAACCGAUGCGCGGAACCGCCAGCUUGGUACGAAUUACGCGUCCGUGUUCUCUUUUGACCUCACCCACGAAGACGGGCGGUGGCACGAGAGCCCGAAGAUGGUGGUCAACGGGCUGCCGCAUGGCGGGGAGCAAGGACUGCUGCGCUUCCCGCUGGCCACGGGAAUACAAGUUCCAGAAGUCAAGGAGCUGCGUGACAAACUGGUAAGUCUGUUUGUAGAUUACCUACACUUAAGGCUCAGUGCAAUUCAUUCCUACAAGUGGUCACUUCUCACUGUUUCCCUUGCCUUCUUGGGAUACGGAAGAAAUGAAGGAAAGAAGUGGAUUGCUUGGAGCUCUAAUACGCAAGAGGCAUGAGGCGUUCAAGAAGGAGAGCCUUGACAUCGUUUACCUGGUGGUCGUUACAUCGCUUUCGCGCGGUACUUUUGAGAGGGAGUUUUUUCCCAGAUUCCUGAAGGACCUGCCGCAGCUACAGCAGGAGGACCACACAAAGUACGGGUGGCCGGCGCUGCACAAGCUGAUCGAGUUUCAGUCUUCUGUAUGGCUUCUCGAGGUAACUCGCAUCCGCGUCGGCGACUUGGUGAUCUCUGCUACCGACGCAGCGAACGAGCUCAAUUGCGGCUGGGACAUCAAAACUUCACAGGAGUGCGAAAAGGAAGGGAAAUUGAUGGCGACCCCUUCCGGCCUUUACGACUGGGUCCAGGAAGAUGGAGGCGCCCAAAUAAGGCAAAUUUCACAGCCCUCUCCCGCUCCUUCUAUGGCCUCAACAACGGAACAGGACGCGCUGCCCGAUAUGAGGUACCACGUACAGCUAGAUACUGGGUGUUCUCUGGUAACACUGGCGAAGCCGCUUCUAGAGAUCUUUGAGCGCCAGUUCGUGAAGAACGGAAACGUGUGCAAGAAUGGGCCCGUCGUUGGUUUCGAGCUCGUGAACUCGGUCAAACGUGGACCUGGAGACGACACCUCCGCGUCGUGGUACUUUCUCACACCGAAGGACUACUGCUACUGCGAAGGAGUGUUGAGUGUGAAGGGACGGCUCGCCAAGCAUUGCUUCCAAGAAGAAACGCAGCCCAAGGACAGGACUGCCAUGCUUGGCCUUCCGUUCUAUCGGGCUUUUUACGUUGGACACGACUACCUCCGGCGAGAGGUGGUGCUGCCACGGCUUCGCUAAUUAUUAGAACUGGUUGUGAAAACUUGGGACACAUGCACAAUGCAACUGCCGAGGUGACGGAGGUGGUUGCUUGUGUGUGGAAGAGGAGGAGGAGACCGAGGUGGAAGGUGAAACUAAUAACAAGCGAAACGCCUGACUUUGGAAUAGAUGACUGAGAGAAGUGAAUAUGUCAUAAAGCAGCAUUGUUAAAGAGUGUUAGGAUCAUACAAGGACUGAUCAUCUGUGUUGCAUGCUUAUUAUGAUGUGUUGUUACGUACUUUGAUACGAAUGAAGUCAAAUUAUCUUUAUCAUGGUCCGAAAAGUCAACAAUCAGGGCUCAAGAAGGUAAGGCCGAAGUUUCGAAGGUUGUUACAAAUAUGCGCCACGGUUAAAUACAGAAGUAAAGCUAAGCGAAUAAUUAAAAGAACAGCAAAUGGUCAGUUAGUUAUAACUAUAAGAGGGCGCUUAUGUUUUUGUUUAUUUUCGUUGGCUUUUCAGUCGCUGCGCCGCGAAGUAUCUUGAGACUUGCGUCGCGAAAGGUCACUCGAUUGGAGUGCUUGCGGGAUGUGUGGCGUUUGAUCUCCCACGUCUGGGUCUGCCGUAGUGCAUCAAUUUGGGCCCGGCGCAUUCUCCUCGUCCGCAGCCUGAUCUCCCGCCGAUUGUUAUAGUUUCUUUAUGAUCGCACUAGUUUGCCACAGGCAUGAUAUCUGAGGAGAUCGCGAGCAUAGCGAAGGGCUACGAUAUUAAAGAAG